AAAAUCUUCCACAAAUUUUAUGAAUUUUUCAUAAAGUCGGCAACUUCACACGAGUCCAGGUCGAUUCUUAAAACAAUGAUCUUUAACCAUCCACGUGUCAAAAUCCCACCUUAGCUUACCUCAUUUGUUCUAUUCCAAAUACCUAUUCUAUCCCUUGGAUCUUGACUUAUAUGUUCAUAAGAAAGUGUACCAGAUAAGGGUAUAUACGUCAUUUACAGUCCAGCUCAACGGUUAUAAAAUCCUAAUUCGUGAGGUUUCUCUGAAGAACAAACACAAAAAUGGCGACGGUACCAUUGUUCACCCAGUUUCCCUGCAAAACCCUAAAUCCAAGCUCAUCAAACACUAAACACCAAUCGAAAUCUCCGAUCCUACUACCGAUUAACUCAAUAAAUCGGCGAUCGGAGAUUGGAGUCUCUGUUCAUCGGCCAGAUUUCAAAAUCCGAGCGACGGACAUCGACGACGAAUGGGGUCAAGAUGGAGUGGAGAGAGUAUUUGCCUCAUCUUCAACCGUAUCGGUAGCAGAUAAAGCAAUCGAAUCCGUGGAGGAGACGGAGAGGCUAAAGAGAUCACUAGCGGAUUCGUUGUACGGAACAGAUCGAGGUUUAAGCGUAUCGAGUGAUACGAGAGCUGAGAUCAGCGAGCUCAUCACACAGCUCGAGUCUAAGAACCCUACUCCAGCUCCUAACGAAGCUCUGUUUCUCCUCAACGGCAAAUGGAUCCUCGCCUACACGUCGUUCGUGGGGUUGUUCCCAUUGCUCUCACGAAGAAUUGAACCGUUGGUUAAAGUGGAUGAGAUCUCACAAACCAUUGAUUCCGAUAGCUUCACCGUUCAAAACUCUGUCCGGUUCGCUGGUCCGUUUUCCACAACGUCGUUUAGCACCAACGCUAAGUUUGAAAUCCGAAGUCCUAAACGUGUCCAGAUUAAGUUCGAGCAAGGUGUUAUAGGGACUCCUCAGCUAACGGAUUCGAUUGAAAUACCGGAAUCCGUGGAGGUUCUUGGUCAGAAAAUCGAUCUCAAUCCCAUUAAAGGUUUACUUACAUCAGUCCAAGACACUGCUUCUUCAGUGGCUAGAACCAUUUCAAACCAACCACCAUUGAAGUUUUCUCUGCCUAGUGACAACACGCAGUCGUGGCUGCUCACAACUUAUCUCGACAAGGACCUUCGGAUCUCGAGAGGCGAUGGUGGAAGCGUCUAUGUGCUCAUCAAAGAAGGAAGCUCUCUCUUAAACCCUUAAAUCAUCAUAACUCUCAUCACAUCCAUAGUAACAUAUAUACAAGUAUAGACCCAUCUGUCUAUGUUUACUAGUGUUGUAACUGUUAUAUAGCUUCUUUACCUGUUGGAGAGUUAUAAACUUAUAAUGGAUGUUACUCUUGGUAUACUGUACUACAAUACAUAUACAUAACUACAUACUUGAACAGGCCAGUUAUGGGUUUGCAACAGCAACACUUAGCAUUGGUUCAAAUUUGGUAUACUAGGAGGGUUUGCAUUCUGUAUGGCAUUCGGUUUUCCGGUUUAGUUUCAGUUCGAACUUUUGACUCGGAUUGGAUCAGGUUGUCAGCAUUUUGGUCUGGUUUGAGUUUACAAAGGGGAUACCAAAUUGAAACCAAAAUUUGUAUCUAGUUCUGUAAUUUUAAUUUC